AGGGUGCGCUCCAGUCUCAGUGCGCCGGACUGUCGUCCUCGCGCGGCUGCGUGCGUCUCCUCUCCGCUCCAGUUCCUUCUCGUCGCCUCGCACGGCAUGGAUACGGCUUGACGCGCUCGGUCGAGGCAGCCCCGCUCGCUGAAACACGAGAGUCGCUCUCUUGCAGCCCGAAGUCACGAUCAUGAUGGAGUACUGGAGGCAGUGCGCGCUGUGGCUGAUAAACUGCAAGGUGCUCCCGGCGAACCACCGGGUGACAUGGGAGUCCGCGCAGGUAUUCGACCUGGCCCAGACGCUGCGCGACGGAGUCCUGCUGUGCCAUCUGCUCAACAACCUGCGACCCCAGUCCAUCAACCUGAAGGAAAUCAACCUCCGGCCGCAGAUGUCGCAGUUCCUGUGCCUGAAGAACAUCAGGACCUUCCUGGCAGCGUGCAGCGAGAUAUUUGGCAUGAAGAAGAGCGAGCUGUUCGAGGCCUUCGACCUUUUCGACGUCCGGGACUUUGGAAAGGUUAUGGACACACUAUCUAAACUUUCCCACACUCUGAUUUCACAACAGACUGGAAUCAGGUCUUUUCCAACAGAGGAGAGCGUUGAAGACGAGGAUAUCUACAACCACCUGGAGGAUCUCAUAGACGCGAACGGCGUGGAGGAUGAGGAGGACCUGUACGACUGCGUGUACGACGACGAGGAAGGAGGCGAGAUCUACGAGGACCUGAUGAAGACGGAGUCGCUGCCUCCCCCGGCGCUUCACAAGCAGGUGGAGACUGACAUCAGGAGCUGCUGUUUAACAGAGAUCAAACAGACGGAGGAGAAAUACGCUGAGACCCUGGAAUCCAUAGAAAAGCACUUUAUGACGCCCCUCACCAUGUUUUUUUCCGCGGCUGAGAUGGAGAAGGUGUUUGUGAAUAUCCCGGACCUGGUUAAAGUUCACAAAGACCUCUUGCUGGACCUCCAUGACUCAGUCCACCACAGAAGUGCCCAGAACCUCUACCAGAUCUUCAUCACCUACAAGGAGAGGUACAGCACAGCGACUACAUGUUUGCUUAUUGUGCUCAUUUACAGCUUUCAGCAGGAAUGCUGUGUUUUCCACCCAUGUUCCAGGUUGUUGAUCUACGGGAAAUACUGCAGCCAUGUGGAGACAGCCAUCGCCUCUCUGGACGAAAUCUGCAAAAACCGAGAGGACGUGCGCAUGAAGCUGGAGGAAUGUUCAAAGCGAGCCAACUACGGCAAGUUCACACUAAGGGAUCUGCUGGUGGUUCCUAUGCAGCGAGUCCUCAAGUACCACCUUCUCCUGCAGGAGCUGGUGAAACACACUCACGAUGCCUCAGACAAGAGCAACCUGCGCACGGCUCUGGACGCCAUGAAGGACUUGGCUCAGUACGUCAACGAAGUCAAGCGAGACAACGAGACGCUGAGAGAAAUCGAUCAGUAUCAGAAAUCCAUCGAGAACCUGAACCAGCCCCUGGUCAACUACGGGCGGCCCAAAGGCGACGGGGAGGUGCGCGUGGCCUCGGUGGACAAACGGGCCAAGCAGGACAGGCACAUCUUCCUGUUCGACGCUGCGGUGAUCGUCUGUAAGCGGCGGGGGGACGUCUACGAGAUGAGAGAAGUGAUCGACCUGUAUCUUUUCAAAAUCACCAACAACCCCACGUCCGACAAGGAGAACCGAAAGUGGUCCCACGGAUUCUACCUCACCCACAACCAGGGCCAGAGCGGCUUUGAGUUUUUCUUCAAGACCAAAGAACUGAAAAAGAAGUGGCUGGAGCAGUUUGGCAUGGCCAUAUCCAACAUCCGCCCCGAGAACGCCAACCACAACUUCCACGAGUUCCGCAUGCACACCUUUGAGAGAAUCACCUCCUGCAACUCCUGCCACAUGCUGCUGAGGGGCAUCUUUUACCAGGGCUACCUGUGCUCCAAGUGUGGCCUGGGUGCACAUAAAGAAUGCCUGGGCCGCUUCGGCUGCUGUGGGAAAACAGAUCCUGGCUCCGUCAGAACUCAGAGCAAAGAUCGUGAUCCAGGUCUGCCCAAAAUGCUGGCCACCAGGAACUACUUCGGCGUGCCCAGUCCAACGUCUGGCCCGCCGCUCAGCAUCCAGACGGGCGACAUCAUCGAGCUCAUCUGCGCCGACCUGCACAGCCCCUGGUGGCAGGGCAGAAUCCUGUCAAAGAAGGAGGUGGGCUUCUUCCCCAGCAGCGCCGUCAAGCCCUGUCCCUGCGUCCCGAAACCUGUUGAUUACUCCUCCCAGCCGUGGUACGUGCUUUCCCCCCUCUGCUUUCUCUUCCGUGAUAUGAACCUAACGCAUCGCGCCAUCCAAGUCGGCUUUAGCAUGUUUGCUUGUUGCGGCAGGUUUGCGGGGCCCAUGGAGAGGCUGCAAGCAGAAGCAGAGCUCAUCAACAGGGUCAACAGCACCUACCUGGUCCGCCACCGCGGCAGGGAGUUCACAGAGUACGCCAUCAGCAUCAAGUACAACAACGACGUGAAGCACAUAAAGAUCCUCACCAAGGAGGGCUUCUUCUACAUCGCCGAGAACAAGAAGUUCAGGAGCAUAUUAGAACUGAUUGACUACUACAAGCAGCACUCGCUGAGGGAAGGCUUCAGGAGCCUGGACACCACGCUGCAGUUCCCGUACCGGGAGCCGGAGAACGCGGCCAUGCAGCGCUUCAACCGCUCCGGCAGCAACACCCCCUUGCUGUGCGGCCUCUCUUUCGUAACUCCUGCCGGCUACAGCUUUGUGCCUCCUUCCUCUGCUCCCUUCUGGUCAGUGCUCACUCCCAAAGUGAUCGGCGUCGCCAUCGCACGGUACGACUUCAGCUCGCGUGACACGCGGGAGCUCUCGCUGCAGGAAGGCGACGUGGUGAAGAUCUACACGAAGACGGGCGCCAACGGCUGGUGGAGGGGCGAGGUCAACGGAAGGGUCGGCUGGUUUCCGUCCACAUACGUGGAGGAGGGCGAGGAGUGAAAGGUCCCCAAAGAGAGGAGGCACCAGAUGAAAGGAACGGCAGCGGCGGAGCGAGCGAGCGUGCGAGCGAACAGGGACGAACAGACUGAGCUGCAGCUCCGCCGCCUGCUCCAGUGUUGAGCGUCCUGCACGGGCGCCGCCUACAACCGUCCCAGAGGCCUUUCAGAGGUAAAGGGCUACGCUACGCCGCCGGAGCCAGGAUGCCCCGUCAUCCCUGGCUGACUCCGUGUGACUAAGUGGCUCCACCAACUAGCAGCUUGCCUGUCAGCGGGGCACGGGGCCUCGUCAGACACCCCCCUCCUCCUCCUCCACCCAUCCAUAAUGCAGCUUCCUCUGGCUGUGCCUUGGCCAGUGUGGCAACUCCCACCUGCUCCUGCUGCCAAGUCAGCCGCCGCCGCUCUGUCAAGAGGACACACUCCACUGUUCUGUGUGGUCAUCCAUCCAUGCAUCCAUCAAUUCCACCACUCUGUGGGAGUAGAGUCGUCUGCGCUGGAGAAGGGCCAUAACGUGAAGCUGCUUCUCCCCCUUUCAUCCCUCUCCCACUCUGAAGGGAUCAAAGUCGGCUCUGACCCUGCCUGUGUAUUUGUUCCACUAAUGCGGGUGGUUAUUGAUGGAUAGAUGACCUGGAUUCAGACACACACAUACAAAAACACACGCACACACACACACACACACACACACACACACACACACACACACACACACACACACACACACACACACACACACACACACACACACACACACACACACUGCAUAGGCAGUAUAGGCGGUUGCCUGGAGCGCUACUCGCUUGGAGGGAUGCGGUGAAACACUGGGACAAGUGCUGAUCAGCUGUGCUGCAGUAAAUCUUCAUGUCGGAGCUUUAACAGACAUUUCCCAAUGAAUUAAUUCAGAUUCAAGUGCAACCAAAAACUUUUAAUCCACAGUUAUUAAGUAAUGACGUUUUACAAUAUUCAUAAACUGUCACAGCCAUUUUGUCUCUGUCAACAGUGUUUUGACAGAGGAUGUUAGUUAUGAAGGCGUCGGUGAGAUUAAGGUUACGUUAUUGUUCUUGGUUGAAUUCACAGUGAGUCAUUGCCCAGCACAGUGACGACAGCUGGUCCACACACACGCUCACGCAGCACUGGACGUUCUGUCUGCAGCCCAAGCGCUCGUGCAGUCAUCUGCCAGCGGCCGCGGCCUCCUACUGUAUCAGUGGACGGGAGCCCUUGGGCCGAGGCUUCAUCUCCUCCGAGGCGCUGGCGUGAGGGAACCAGCCACGGGUCCCUUCAGCCGAUGCCUCGUUGUUCUUUGCUCCCCGUCGUCUCCCUCGCUACAGUAGUUUUCACCUCUCUCUGUUUCGCCUGUUUCAUCAUCUGCAGAUGAUGCAGUCCGAUUGUGCUCUUGCAGAGUGAAAUCGAUACCGAGAGGCUUCACGCUCAGACUUUUGGGCAACAUUUUCACCUGAUUAUGCAUGAAAAUGUUUCACCGUCACCUUUCCGGGUGUUUGAUGAGGCUACUUCGCUUUCUAUUUCAGAGCAAUUUCUUCUGAGGAACACAGUUGUUUAUUUUUACUAUUCAUCUGCUUCUGCCAAGAAAAUGUGAAAUUUUAAAAAAUGUCUUUUCCUACUACAUUUCAUUCCAACAUAGCGUCUUGCCUCUCCCAGCUCACCGUCCUCGUUUUCAACCCCGUCGCUCACACGAACGCGCUCCAAACCACGCUGUUCUGUGUCACGUGACCAGAAAUCCGCCACGGUUUGCUUGGAUGGGUUCAUUUUGCACAUUGCCAGGACUUUCCUUUGCUUAUGCACGACAUUUGUUCUUCCUUUUUAAAAGAAACGGUAAUAAUUUAUUUUGCAAUGUACAAACGAUACAGUAAAACACGCACUGGGGCAAUUUACUGAAGUUUAAAUACUACGAAAGCCUUUGAGUAACUACAUUGUCUUUAUUGUGCUGAAGCCGCUGAGUAUUGUGCCACAAGCAUAUUUUGUGAAUCUGAGUAUUUUAUUGUAAAUAUUUGCUUUGAUAGCAGCUUGAUAGAGUCAAAAUCCUCCUGUUAUCAACCAUCCCAUGUCUUUAUAAUAUAUAUGACAAUGAUGACUUUGCUUCUCUGUCUUAUUGUCUCAUUACCUUCAUAUUUCGCUCUUCUUCUUUCAUUAGUGUCAUUAAGUGACCACUAGAUGGAAGCAUCCUAAACGCAUCUCUUCGCUCCCCUGCUAAAGUUUGGACAUGACGUCAUCUCAUUAGAGGAUGAACAAUAUGCAAUGAAGCCUCAGUACGAAAAUGCCUUAAUCCUAUAGAGACGUUCAGGAGACCUUUGCUGUUUACUAAAUGCGGGCGGACUGUAUCAUCACCUUACCUCCAACUUUUUCUAUAUUCCAAUGACUUCACAUCUAGUCGGAAGUAAAACGCCUGCAGUCUCUGGUAGUAAAUAUAACAUUCAGAGCAUUUAUAGGAAAUCCAAAAGGCAGAGAGAGAGAGAGAGCAGCGAUUUCUCAGCCUCCUGCAUCUUGGCAGAGCAGCGGCGGCUCCUCCUGUCCUAAUCCACUCCCGCGCUCCCUCCUCUGCCCAGAUGAACCCUGACAGCGGGGCCAUUUACAACUGCGGGCCUCAAACCCCCACCCGCCCUCCUCCCCCGCUCCCGAUGCUGCUGUGUGCAGGGGGGACGGGAGGAGGGCUCAAGGGUAUCUGUGAUCUAAUCAUUACACCAUCUCCUCACCUCCGUGACCCCGCUGCAUCCAUCUCUCUGUCGGCUCCCCUCUCCCGCUCUGUCUCGCCGUGUCACUUCCCUUCGCCCGCUCACUCCUUCAGCUCUGUUUCCCCAUCUAUCUUUCAUCCAAUCUCUGUCUUCUCACUUUCUCACUCUCCAUUCUGUCCCUCACCCCCGUAUGCACUGUAGUCUGUACCUGCUGCUGCUGAACAGAGGCUUCAGUACGACUGGGACAGGAGGGAGGGGUGGAGGGUGGAGCACAGCGGCAGAAUGAGAACCUCACCUGGAUUUGACCACAAAUUAAAACGAGUGCAGACGUAAUGAGAAGCACCCAUGUCUCUUCAGUACAAAAACCCAUUCUAAUGCAUCUUUGGAGGAACGUGUGUACUAACCUGUCAUCUGCUCUACAAAAGACUGUAAAUGCUCCUCCCUCCAUGUUCAUGUUUGACUAUUACAAUGACGCCAAAGAUGUCUGCUGUCUGUACUGCAAACCCAGUGUUAUGUCCCAUAACCACGGUACCAGCCGCUGUGGCCUAACUCUGAAAGCGUGCAAUCUUGACUGUGUAGCAUUAUUGUUGCUGUAUCAUAUGUAAAAUAUGUACAUAGCACAUAAUAAAGAUAGAUAUGGCUUCUUC